AUGGCAACCAGACCAAGCAUUACCAAAACCACCCACAAGAGGCCAGUACUAGUAACUUGCUACAGAUGCAAAAAAUCUGUGAACGAAAAACAAACUGCUAUGUGUUCUGUUUGUAAAAACCGAAUGGAACCUGAUUGCGAUGGCUAUCCCUUACAAACAUAUCGACUAAAGAGCGAAGAAUCUAAAAUUAAAUGGCGCUGUAGUAUGUGCACGAAGAAAAUGGCUAAUAAAGUUCCUACUUCUGACGAUAACAUAUCAAACAUAACAGUGAGGAAAAAGCCCGCGCAGUCUCUAAAGCAAUCAUCAUCACACACUGAGAUUCACAGAAAUAAGAGAAAACUGUUGAGUCCUAACCAGGAUUCACAUAUACUCAGUGAUUACGACACCUCAUACGAAACUAACACCACCACCCCGAACAAAUUAUUAUUACCUAGCUCAGACGACUAUUAUGAGAUGCAAGACACAAUAUCCCAGUUGACCGCAAAGCUAGAAAGUACUGAAAACGAAUUGGAAUGCUUAACAUUACAAAAUGAUGAGUUAAAUAUACAAGUCGACAAAUUAACUCAAGAAAUAAAUAUACUAAAGUCUCUAUGUAAUUCUUCCACAAUGAUAGAAAGCAGCCCUAUCAUCAUCAAUAAUAAAAAGGAAAGACAAUGCAUCGCCAGUCAAGAUAUCUUCUCCACACCUACCUCUGGGAUACAAUCGCUGGACGUUAAUUGCUGUACCAAUAGAACAUAUCAACAUUUGUACGAAAAAAUCGCCUACCUACAGAGAGAACUAAUUAACUCCGAAAAAGAAAUAAAAUCUCUCAACACUCAAAUGCAGAUUCUAGAGAAAUCCCUUAAAACCUCAUCAAUAGGACGACAGUGCCCUGCAGAAAUUGGAAACUCCACACAAAAUACAAUCAAAAUAUUUGGUGCACAACAAUGCGUCGGCUUAGCCGCAGCCCUUACUCGUUCCAGAGAGGCUACCAGAGGUUUAAAGUAG